GAAUUGGGAUCACUAAGAGAAGAGCUGUUAUAUUCAGGAAAAGAAGAUGCUUUUUUAGAAGAUAUAAAAAUGAAAACUGACAAGGAAUCAGAUUUUUUUAUAAAGGCUUUAGUUCUGAAUGAGAAAUUAGAUGAAAUAAUGAAUAUUAUACAGACAAGAAAUUUAGGAUUAAUUUCAUGUUUAAGAGAACGUCAAGAAGAAAAGUAUGAACUGGAAAACUUAUAUCAGAAGGAGAAGAAGAUAGAAGAAACAUUGGACGAAGAAGAAAAGAAAUGUGAAGAUCUGAGGCAUUUGGAAUCAAAUAUGGAAAAGGUCAAUUUCCUUUACAAAAAUUUAAUUUUCAUGUUUUUCAGUUUUUAA